GCUGAAUCCCGCCGCGCGCGCUUUGAACUCCCCAGAAGCUGCGCGCCUCCCUGGCACGGUGCCUCACGCAGAACCGUGCAGACACCCAUCUGACACCGGACCCCAGAGUGCAAUAAUCCAAGGAUUCGGGAAACGAUUGCACAAGCAAAGCGCCUCUUGGCAUUGAGGACGGCACGACCAAAGUUAAAGGCCAACGUUGUGAGAAUCUCCGCCUUAAGCCAGCGGAGGACCGAGAUUAAAUCAACAAGCCCCGAACUGUACAGGACUACUAGAGACAAGAGAAGAACGAUUGUUCUUCAAUCCCUGAAACAUAGCUUGCAAUAGCAGCGUGAAGGGCAGCUUGCACUGUCCAGGGGAGGAAGGAGAAAGCGCCCCUCAAGUAGAAGAAAAGACACGGGAAUUGCUACGCCUUGCAGAGCUCCCUCUGGUGACUGGUGUACCCUUGCAAAGUGCAAGCCCAGCAGCACCAGCAGAGGGUCACUCGCAUCCGGCACCCGCCGCCUUAUGUGGUGCCUGGAGAGGCUCCGCUUGGGUCCCGAGCGCCUCCUGAGGAGCAGGAACGGGAUUCUUCAGGGUCGGGGCCGCCGAGUCCCGGCCCUCAUGCCCGCCGCGUGGGAAAACGUGCUCACCCCGGACCGCAUCCCCGAGUUCUGCAUCCCCCCGCGACUAGCGCCCUGCACGGCCCUGGCUGCACUCCGGGUUUCCUGGCUCGAAGCGGCAGAAAUAGACGACGCCGCCGGGCACACGGACUGGGACCCGCGCUCGCAGGCCGCGCUCUCGCUGCCGCACCUGCCGCGCGCGCGCACCGCCUACGGCUUCUGCGCGCUGCUCGAGAGCCCGCACACUCGCCGCAAGGAGUCGCUCUUCCUCGGGGGCCCCGGGGCCGCCCCGCUCCUGCCCCCGGGCGCAGCCCCUGCCCCCGCCCCCGCGCUCCCCGCCGGCCCCCGCCCGAUCCCCGACGCGCCCGCCCCGCCGCCCGGCGCCCACCGCCUCCUGCGCGCCCCCGAAGGACUGCUGAGCCGCGCGCUGCGGGCCCGCAGGAGCCGCGGCCUGGCGCGCGCCCGUUGCGCGUCCAGUCGGGACGAGGACGAGCAGCGCGGCGCCGGCUCGCGGUCCCCGGCCCGGGCCCCUUCCGCGUCCCCGCCGCCGCCGCCUGCCUCCGACCCGGGGCCCGAGUGCCUGGAGGCCGAGGGCACCGUGGCCCUGGGCGGCGCCGGGGGGGCCCUGCGCCUGGCCGCCCAGUACAGUCGGGCCAGCGGGCGGCUCCGCGUCCGGCUGCUGGGCGCCCAGGGCCUGGCCGCGGGAACGGCCGAGCCCCGCGCCGUCGGCUGCCGCGUCAGCUUCGUCCUGCGGCCGCCGGGCAAGACGCGGCCGCAGCGCAGCGCCGUGGUGCGGCCGAGCCGCAAGGCCGCCUUCGACCAGGACGUGUGCCUGGACGGGCUCUCGGAGGACCAGGUGCGCCGCCUGGCCGUGCGCGUCAAGGCGGAGAAGCGGGGCCGCGGCCGGGAGCGGGGCCGCCUGCUGGGCCAGGGCGAGCUGCUGCUGGGCUCCCUGCUGCUCCCCUGAGGGCGCCCGGGCCUCGGGCCGUCUGUCCCCUCGGGGCGCUCUCCGCCCGCUGGGAACUCGGACACGGACAGCCUCUCCGUACAAAAUAAAUGCUAUUUAUUUAUUCUUCUACCCAUGACUUUGUUCAGUUCAAUACUGGCACAUAUGUUGCUAGAUUAAUUAUCACAAUAAAGGACGUAAUAUUUUGUGUAAUACCUUCAAAAUGCGUUUCAGAAAAUGGUAUGGUGUUCUGCAGUAGUGGUUCCCAGCAUAGACAAUUGCACUUCAUGUUCCUCACAGCCCCUAUUGGGAGAUAAUGGAUCACAGGAAGUGUUAAAACUAGAGGGUGUCCUGGUGAUCUAUUUGCCUCAACCUCCUCAUAUUGAAGUUUGUUUAUUCCACAACAUCCACUGAGACCAUCUUAGAGCGGGUAUUACCUUUGAAGCAUUGUUUAAGACCCCAGGUGAGAAAAUGAGGCCAAGAGAGGUGAAGUAACUUGUUCAAGGUCAACAGUGAAUUAUUAAUAGAAACUCAAACCUGAUACUUUUAGUUACAUCUUGCUGGAAAAGCACUGGAAAAAUUGAAGCCAUUUUAAUAUUCUAAGUUAAAAUAAUAACAGUUUUACAUGUAUUAACUAGUUUAAUUUUUUAAACAAACCUGAAAGACAGGCACAGUUGUCCUCAUUUUAGGGCUGAGGAUACUGAGGCACAGAAUAUAGAGCAGAGUCAGGCUUUGCAUGUAAGCAACCAGUAUUUUACUCGUUACA